GUUGCGGGUUUUGGGUUUGGGCCGUUUCUCACGUGUGUGGUCUAGGCACUAAUCCCCGGUUAUGUUAGGGUACCGGGUUCGUUGUAGCAGCCAGUAGUUGUCAUGCACGGCAUAGCGAAAGUUGCGGAUAUGUUUAAUGUGUUAUGAAAUCUCACAAAUUAGUAGUGUGGUUUGCCCUGCAAUAAUUAUAGAAAUGAAGCUACAAAAUGAGUUGUUCUCCUUCAUCACGCACAAUCGUUUGUAAAGAAGUUUUUGAUGAAAACAGUAUCCCGUCGGAAGAAGAAAUAAGAGACUAUGCACUGAAGAUUGGCAUCAACCCUGAUAGUGAGCCACACCUGCUCCAUUUUGCACGAGAUGGUCUUAUGCAAGCUUUGCCUCCUGGCUGGAAACCAUGUUAUGAUGAGGAGCUGGGAUCUUGGUAUUACUUCAACUUCCGAAGUGGCGAAUCUCGUUGGGAACAUCCUCUGGAUGAUAUGUACAGAAACCUGGUCAGGAGGGCUCGCUCAGAAAGCAUCAGCUCAGCGGGUGAGGAAGAUUCCAAAACGUCAGCCAAAGAAGACUUGAAGAGUUACGAGGAGGCAGCUCCCACAGUUCCUAACACACAGCUUGUUCCGCGGUCAUUAGAACCUCUUAAAAACAGCGACAUGCUCAAGAAGGGACGUAUUCAGUUGGCUCCACUGAAGAAAUCUCCAGCUCUGUCACCUUUAGCUACAUCAAGCACAGCAUCUCCAAAAGAGCUGCAGCUGACUCCACAAAGCAGUCCUGCAGGUAGCAAGAAUCCACCAGGACUAAUGAAUCCAUCUAGAGAUGUUAGCAGUGCUCCAUCAGAGGUUGCUGGCAGGUCAGAACCUGGAGGCAUUAGCACUAGGAUUGAUCUUUGUGGAGGACACAGAGAUGCUGUGAUAAAGAAGGACAUCCCAAGUCCAACUGCAAGGAUUGAUAUUGAUAGUAUGGAUAUGGGAAGUCUGGUGAAAAGGAGUGAGGAGAGUGCGGUUAGCAGGAAGGAGAGACUUUUAUCUGCCCAGGAGAGACACCCUCGUAGCAUGGCUGGACGAGGGGAACUUACUCUUACUGGAGGUGGUUCUGUGUUCCUAAAGUCAAAACAACAGAAACAAGAGUCUCCUGUGGUUGCAUCAUCAUCUCCUACACCAGGGGUUGGAAUAAGUUCAGCCAGUGAUGUGAAACUGGUUCCUUCCAGGGAUCAGGCUGAGAAUCUUCCAAAGAGUAUUCUGAGAGGAGAUCAGCAGCGCGCGAUAACACCUGGGAAGCCUCUAUGGGAUGUUGAUCCCAGGGAGAUGUCCAGUGAGGAGAAGCAGAUGUGGCGCCGUCAGGAGCUUGAAGAAGAGAGGAAGAGUGUCCGCUUCAAUUUGGAGCAGGAGUUGGACAUCCGUUUCAAUCUGUCUGACUUGUCGGACCAUGACGGAGAAGAGCAGGAAGAGGAAGAUGAUGAAGGAGAGGACUGGAAUUCAGAUGAAGAGGACCCUGAUGAGGAGCGUCUUAUUGCAGGCAUCAAAGUCUCGGAUAUUUUAAACCUUAUGGAUGCAUCAGAUUUAGAGGAAGCCUCUGCAAGGGAAGGCACCACCAGGAAUAAAUCUCACACUUCUGUACAUAGUUUGGCUGGUAGCAAAAGGCAAGAGUCACUUAUAUCUGGCAGUCAGGCAGAUCCAGAACUGACCAAACAUACAAACAGGCCAGGUAUAAAGAGUGUGAAUGGGACACGAUUUACUAUAGAACGAGUCCAUGAACAUGUUCUUUUAUCCUCAUCACAACAGUCAGAAGGGAACCUUCCACCAAAACAGCCAGAAGAGGUAACUGUGACUGAGCCAGAUAAAGAGUGUGAUCCACAGUAUACGCGUAAUGUAGUGUCAAAUGUAAUUGCCUCAACUGAUGUACUAAGCCCUGUAAUUUCAUCUCCACACUCAGUAGCCAAACCAAAGCAAGGCAGUUCAGAUGUUCUGAGUGACAAAAUGGUUAAAGUUGUGGAUGAAAUUAGUGUUACUAAAGAAGAUGGUGAGUUAAAGAGAGUUGGCAAUCAAGAGGUAAAUUACAAGCCUAGUGCCAAAGAGGGACAAGGUCAGGAGGUUCAAACAAUUGUUAAACCAGCAGAGAAGACUGAGGAAGCUGUUCAAAAAGAACAUCAGGAAAUAUUAGAAGCAGGCCAAAAAGAAUAUCAGGAACAAUUGGCAGGUCAACAAAAGCAUGAAGAUGAAUUGGCUAUAGAAAUUCAGAAAUUGGAGAAGGAGAAUGAAAAAGCAUUGCAAAGGCAUCGAGAAAUAUUAGCUCAAAGGCUUGAAGAAUCCAUCAGUCGCUUGGAAAUUGAACAGCAAAAACAUCUGGAGAUGUUACGAUGUCAACUUACAAGAAAGGAAGAGGAAGAUGAAGCUAGGCUCAAGUUGCAAUUAGCAGAAAAGAUGGCAGCUUUUGAGUCAGACCUCAAGACACAGCAGGAGAACCGUGAGAAAUGUAUACGGGAGAACAUGGAGGCAUCACUACAGGAACUAAGAGAGACACUUGCAGUGGAACAUGGGGCACAGAUUCAGACCUUGAAGCAUGAGGAGGAGAAGAUCCGUUUGCAACGAGCAGAAGAAUUCGAGAAGAGACUAGAGGAUGAUAGAGUACUUCUUGAGCAGCAGACUUCAGAACAUGCUGCCAAGUUUGAACAAGAACUGGCACAGAAGUUGGAGAAGGAACGUGCUCAGCUGGAAAGAGCUCAUUAUGAACAUCUGCAAGAGCUUAUUAGGAAGAAUGAACUGGAAAAUGAGGCCACAAUAACCCAACUGCAAGCAGAACUGUCAGCUCACAAAGAUGAGCUUCAGCAGGCUCAUUUAAAGGAGAUGACUGCAAUAGAUGUACAGAUACGUGAAAUGCGGACAGCAAAACUGUUGGAGCUCGAUGAAGCCACGAGGAGGAAUGAGUCAAUUGAAAAGUUGAAGAGUGACAUGGAGCACAAACUGGAGCAGAAGCGGCUUGAGCUCACAACUGAGCAUGAGGCUAUUGUCAUAGAGCUAAAGGCAGAGAAUGCUCUUCGAAUUGAAAAGCUGAAACUGGAUUUAAGAAUGGAGGAGGAACAGGUUCGUAGGGAACAUACAGAACGGCUGAAUGAACUUCGGGCACGUCUGAGUCGUGAGUUAGAGCUAGAACAGCAGAGACUGUUAAAGCCCAAUGAACAGCAAAGUGACUCAGCGCGCCAGGAAUUGUUAGAGAGCUCCAGAGUGUUUGAAAAGCUCCGCUGUGAGAAGCGCCUGUUAGAAGAUAAAUAUCGCUCACUCAAAGAGAAGUACAUCAGACUGAAAACAGAUGUAAAGAUAUCAAUGGAGAGACGCAAACGACGUGAUGCUGGUGGUACCACAACGGGAUCGGAGACUGAACGUUCUACAUCGCACAAAGCAGGGAUUGCUGGUGCUGUGUCUGUUGAUGCCAGGGGUCGCCAGCAAGCUGGUGGUAGUGGUGGCAGUGGGUCUGCAGCAGAAAAGCAGCGCUGUAACAAGAAACAGACUGCCGCAGUGGAAGUUGUAUCAUCAGACAAUAAGAUAGUUACUGUGGAACCUGUUAGCAACAACAAUAAGACUGCAACUGCAACAGAUCCAAAAAACUGGCAGGCAACUGCUCAGCUCUCACCUGAGCAACCGAGUGGUAAGCGAGGUGAGGACAGUGUGGACAGUGACAACAUAUCGUCUUCUGUGUCUUUACAGCCCCACAAAGGAGAGAAGCAUUCAGAUCCUACGGAUGCAUAUAACACAAAUAAUAACCGCAGACGUCGUCAGUUAUUUGGACGUCUGAAAUCGUCAUCCACCUCCCGUCUUCUCCAAAACAAUAACAACAACAACAGUGGCAGCAGCAACAACAGUAGUGGACAUGGAGAAACCUGUGGUAACCAAGGUGAUGACUCUUCAUGCUCACCUGUUGAGAACCUCCGAAGGCAGCUGCAGAAGCUUGAGGACCUAGAGGAUCAGUUCCCAGCAUCCACCCACACUGACACAUACCUGCGAUAUCCGUUCACCACAGACUCAGGUGGUGUACCCAGUUCAAUAAUGAUGUUGUCAUAUGCAGGCCAGUUGGGCAGUUCAGAGCUAGAAUUCUUUCGUCAUCGGAUCCACUUGGAACGUGACUCUGUACGGAGAGCUAAGGACUUUCUGAGAGCACAACGCACAACCUUCCAGUCCAGGCAGAAGGAACUUAAACAGCGACAGCUAGAUGGCAGCAUAACAGCGCGCAACAUGCUAGAUCAGCUUUACCAGGAAGAACGUGAAUUGACAGAUAUGGAAGUAAGUUUACACAGGACACGAAGUCUUCUGGGAGAGAAAAUAAUUCGCCUGCGUCAUUUAGAGCAAUCAUUGCAUCGGGCCUCUUCUCCACGGCCUAAAAGUCAUGAAAAAAUUGAAUCCACAGAACAUGCUACGCUGAGUGACCUGAGCUCACACAGUGGGUCAUCUGGGUUUAGCAGUACUGAGUUGGGCACUGACAUCCAGCUAGGAAAGGUUGAUAAUGUACACCGACACAUUGGGGGCAGUGGAGCAUGUGGCGGUGGUCAUUACCAAGAGUCAACUGAGAUUAUUCAAAGUCUGGAGAACCUCAAUACAGAGAUACGUGAGAUCUGGGGGGUGCUUAACAAGCAGCAGAAAGAUGGUACAAGCAGACAAGUUGUGCCUCCUCCACUGUUGGUGUACCCUAACGUGGGGUGGCCCAUGCUGGUGAGCUCCAGAGCUACAGCCACCCCUGCAGUGUCUGAUCACAUGCAGGCCCUGCAACACCAGGCUCAGCAGAAGUUGUCCACCAUGGGCCAGUUCACUCUAUCUUCACUUCCAAGGCCACAAAAUGUGACUGCCCAGCUCUCAGCUGCUCUAGGUCAGACUGGAGCCAGUGAACUUACACAGCUAGGUACAGCAUUGGCUCAUCAAAAUGGCACUACACCUUUCAGAACAUCUGUACUGCCACAGGGAGGCAGUACAACUAUUACCGAUCCAUCACUCGUAGAACGCACUCGGAGUCUACGUGACUGGUUACGACAAGCAAGGAUUGAAUCAACAGACCUCAUUUCUCCAGGACAGGCUACGUUGUAGGUGAUACGCUACUGUCACCUUCGGAGCAAGUCUAAAGAGAAGUCUCUUCCUUCAUGGCAUUACUGAGAGUUUUUUUUUUUUUUUUUGGCAAGUUUUAGAAAAUCAUGUCACAUAUAUUUGCUUAUAUAUAUAUAUGAUGUCAGAAUUUUUGUAUCGCAUUUAGCAGUUGUUAUUCAUAUUCAUUUAUGAUAUCCAAAUAAAUGGCCUACUGACAUCUGAUCUCAUAUUGUUAGUUCACUUUGACAUUGCUUGUACUGUACUGUCAGUCUGGAGUUGCUUUUAAUAACUGGCCAUCCAAUUGAUUUAGUAGAACAGUUCCUGGAUUUUGCCUCAUGAAGCAGACCAGUAAUCAUAGAAAUCUCGUUUGCAUUUGUAUUAUUUUUAAGGAUGUUUUGUUCUUUUUUCAAUCAGAAGAAAGUAGUAAAUGUAUCUCAUUAAUGAUCUGUGAUGUUUUAUAUAACACCACACUGUAGUAUGCAUGAAUAGAGUUUGGAAGGAUGGAAGUGUGCAGUUUAACAAUAUGUUAUAUUGUUAUAUAAUUACAUGUACAAUUGCAUAUAACUUAUGUUACCUUGCUAAGUGAUUGGUUUUAGUCAACCUCACAUUAGAUUACUGUUAUUAAGUUUCUAAUUAUUCUGUAAAAUUAGGAAUGACAAACUGGUGUGGCCUAUGGAUUGCUUCAAAGAAUCUAACUUUUCACAAUGAUCUUACUAAUAUUAAUUAUUAUUCUUCACAUUAUUUAAUUUUAAUUUCACAGCAGUGUAAUUCUGUGUUAUCAGCCUUGAGGUUGGUAGUUAAAGCUUAGAUGUUUAGGAAGUUCCUCUUUCUCCGGUAUAAUGACAGGUGUACGAAAGGGAUGAAGUCUGCAAAGUGCACAGAGGUGCAGCACGAGAAGAUUCAAGUCAAUUACUGUGUAGGCACUGGAACCCCCUCCCCACCAAAAAGAUACAAUUUUUUAUGAUUGUAAUACUGUAAAAUAAAUGUCACAGUUUCUUGUAUUUCUUAACCAUUACCGAAUAGAGUAUUUGCUGAAGGUGAUAUAUGUUAUGAUACUGCGUACUGUAUGUUAAGUGAGAGUAAACCAUCCCAAUGAGAUACUCAGACCACAUAGAUAGCCAGCAUUGGUACACACGGUAAAACAGCUAACCUAAAUCAGGUGUUUCACAAUACAUGAUAGUCAUUAUUGUCAUUGUCAUUGUCAUCGUCAUCAUCAUCGGCAAAACAGCCAUUUUUGAACUGUAGCCUUCCUUAGAAGAUUCUGCCAGAUUUGUUCAUUCCAACCUAUGUGUCAUGAAUCAGACAGUCUGGUUUUCAUUUCUUUGGAUUUCACAAUAGUAUUUUUUUCUUACAGAGCAAGGUCAUCAGCCUUGUG